AUGGUCAUAUUACACGAUGAUCAAUAUUAUGAAAGUCGAAAGCCCCGGCCCGAUUUAGGACUACUUGGAAAUUUCUCACGAUUCGUUUGGGACAACGAACGAAAAGCAUUUCUCGAUAGAACAGCAAAAGAAUGGGGUCAACUAGGAAUAUUCUACCUAUGUUUCUACGCCGUUCUGGGAACAAUAUUCGCGGUGCAACUGAAGAUCAGUAUAGACUAUGUUUCUCGAUUAGACAAACCGUUCUUCCAAUAUGUUGGCUUAUCUUCAAAAUCCCAUCCUGGACGAAACUUGCUGCUCUCCCGUUCAGCCAGACAUUUUGGCAGUCCAGGGAUAGUUUUCAAACCGAAUAGUAUAUCAGCUGCAUCGCCCAUCAUAUCGGUAUUUAACUCAAGCACCAAUGCCAGACCAAAACGAUACAUACAUUCCUUGACUGAUUUUCUGCAAGAGUAUAAUAAAAGUAUAUCGAACUACGAUGAUAGUUGUCAAGGUGAAACGUUUCGAUCGGAUCGUAACACCAAACCGUGCUUUUUCGAUAUCAAAAGCCUCGGUGUAUGUAGCAAAUCUCCAUAUGGAUACACGUAUCCUAUGCAACCUUGCGUUCUUAUCAAAUUCAACAAAAGGUUCGAUUGGGUACCAAAUUAUUACAACCAAUCGUCGAAUUUGCCAGAGAACAUGCCAGCUAAUUUAAAGAGAAUGAUACAAGAGUCGAAAAAGUUUUAUGUUUGGUUGUCAUGCGACGGAGCGAACAACGUCGACAAAGAGCACAUCGGCGAAAUAGAAUAUAUACCCAGUCCAGGAUUUCCAGUUGAAUAUUUUCCAUUUUCCGGGCAACCAUAUUAUUUGUCCCCCAUUGUUGCGUUGCAGUUCAAGAAUUUAACACCAAACAGACUGGUCACCGUGGAAUGCAAUUUGUGGGCCUCCAACAUCAAGCAACGUACUUCUCACUCGUUAGACUUUCAAAUAAUAAUAGUAAUGGACUAA